GAAAAAUGGCGUCGUAUGAAAGUGUUUUCUGCUGCCAGUUGUUUCGGACGUGUAAGUACUACAUCAAAGCGGUGAAGCCGGCAUGCUCUCGAUUCGGCGCUUUAAAUAAGUCAAAUAGCAGCCGCAGCUGACUGGUAGCUUAAUUUAUUCAGAAGAGAGAACAAGAACCUGGAAGUAUGAGAUUUUCGUGGACACUAGGCUUGAGCGGAGUAUUUUUGGCCUACAUUUUGCAUUCUAUGUGGACACUGUACACGUUGUACUACCCAAAGCGCUGUUCUAAAAAUGAGAUCUGCAUCAGACCUACAUGGAACAGCGAAUCAAGAUUUCAAUUGUUCUUCUGUGUAACAACUGCAAAGCAUGUCAGAAGGGCAAGUGAUUUACAUGUAGUGUGGUCUGAAGAUGAGUUUGAUAUUUCUAAACUUCAAGAAAGAGAUUUCAACCUGACGCUCCCUAGAAAGACACUAAGGAAUGGAACAUUGGACGCUUACGUGCUGCUGUUGGAGCGUAAGAAAAGGGAGUCUGUGAAAACACUAGAACAAGUGCUGAGUACUUCGACUGUCAGCAUAGGCAGCAAUCCUCUUACUCGCUACUUGGUUCCAUCUGAAGAGGAGGUCCAACUCAUCAACUCCUUCAAGUCAGAGGCACCAACACCUCCUUCUGCUGGAGGGGUAGAAGGAAAGCCAGUUACCCAUUGGAACCCCAGGGUUGAAGUGAACAUCCUGAGUGACCCAUUCCCUAUCAAAUCAAACCAAAUUCCUGGUGAGAUAGCCCACUUGCUUCAACUGAACUCUCGACGAGAAUAUGUGCCUAUAGUUCACCUGACUGAUGUGACAACGAGAGAAAAAGAUUUUAUAAUGGUAAAAAAGACUGAGCCUGAAGUUCCGUUGAAGAUAGUAGUUAGCCCAGUGUCUAUUGGUCGACUUCGGCUCAUGGUUACUGUCAGUGAAGCUCUCAAGUCAAUGCACGCCUUUGGCCUGACAACUAAGGACACAGAUGAAGUUAAAAGUAUCUUUUUUGACACCAACUUUUAUGUUCUACUCAUGACACUUCUGGUGUCUGGCUUUCAUCUACUGUUUGAUUUUUUGGCUUUCAAGAAUGACGUCAAUUUUUGGCGGGGUCGUAAGACCUUUGAAGGUCUUUCUGUGAAGGCUGUCUUAUGGCGAGGUUUUAGUCAAGUUAUCAUCUUUUUCUACCUUCUUGAUGAAGACACCAGCCGCAUCGUGCUUGUCACGAGUGCUGUUGGAGCAGUCAUUGAGGUCUGGAAAGUAACCAAGGCUCUUAAAAUGACAGUGCACUGGUCAAGCUUUAGGCCUCACAUUGAGUUUGGCGCUAUAAAUGCAGAAGAAACAAAGACACAGGAGCUAGAUUCUCAGGGAAUGCGAUACUUAUCCUACUUGCUCUAUCCACUGUGCAUUUGGGGUGCAAUAUACUCCCUUGUAUACCAGUCAUAUAGAAGCUGGUACUCCUGGUGCAUUCAUAGUCUCGCAAAUGGAGUGUAUGCCUUUGGGUUUCUGUUCAUGCUGCCUCAGCUAUUUCUCAACUAUAAGCUGAAGUCAGUGGCUCACCUGCCUUGGAAAGUGUUCAUGUAUAAGGCAUUUAAUACUUUCAUUGAUGACCUCUUUGCAUUCCUCAUUACAAUGCCGACAGCUCAUAGGGUGGCUUGCUUCAGAGACGAUGCAGUAUUUCUAGUCUAUUUAUACCAGAGAUGGCUCUAUCCUGUGGAUAAAAGCCGUGUGAAUGAAUUCGGGGAGAGCUUUGACAAAUCACCAGAGAAGCCGAAAAAUCAGUGAGCCGUCUUGCAUCCACUGUGCACCGACUAUAAGCCUGCAAAAUAGUCCGGGGACCCACACAAUUCCAUAUGUUGUGUUAUCUGACAUCAUGGGACUCUCCACAUAGCAUUUCUCCUAAGCCAGAGCACACUUUUUCAUUGCAGUGUGUUGUCUGCUUUCUGGCCGCACCUUAACAUUGGUUUUUCUGAUUUUGCUUUUUAAAUUGUCAUGUAUGGUAGUAGGUUUGUGGAAAGAAAUAUUGCUGUGCAUACGGGCUUAAUAAUUUCAUUAUCACAUGAGGAAGAUUGGCCAUUAAGCUUUAUUAAAUUUUUUGGUAAGUAGUAAGUAAUUAGUUACGUACUUGUUGUUUUAUUGUAAGGAUGAGCUGUUUUUUUCCUAAUAAUUCAGUAUUUUGUAAGCAAAACAACAGAGGUUGUGUCAAAGAUUUGUAUACAGUACAGUAAGUGUACCAGUAUCAUUGACAUUGCCAGGGGGGAGUGGGUUCAACCUCUCCCUGAAAUUUUUUUUUUUUUACACUUAUUGCAUGUAUAUAUUGCAUACUCGUGCAUGUGCGCACUCAUAUGAAAGCUUACAGAUAUCACCUUCUACAUCCUCUCCUUCCCUUCUUUCGAGUAAAAUUAUUCUGAAAAGGCAAUACAGUUUCUUCAAAUGCCCGUGUCGCAGUUUAGUCAAAAAGAAAAAAAAAAGAGAAGGCUGGACAUUCUAGUAAUCAUGAUAAAUGUGUCACAUGCAGUUUUAUAUCUGGAAAUCAUUAAUUGAAAUACUUGAAUUAUUAGCCCUUAUUUGAAGUGAAACAGCGUGGGUGUCUUAAUCUUGCAAAAAAGAAAGAGUUGGUUGAACUAGUUUUUUGUGAUGUAGGAUUAUCAAGAGCAAGUGCCUAUACAAUUUAGACUAAACAUCAUCUAUCAGUAUCGAUAUAGAGGGGUUGUAAGACUUCUUGGUUGCCUGCCAAAAUAGAGUGCAUUUACAUUUACACUGGCACUUGAAAAUUUGUCUUUCAGCAUGCUAUUAUUUUUGUUUACGAAACUUGGAUUUUGGAAGUUCCUUGGUGUGGUAAACUGAAGUGGAGUAAUAAAAUGAAUUGUUUUUCACUGUUGA